AUGGAAUUGUCAACAGAAAGUCAAUCAAUUGAUCAAUGUAUGUUGAAACAUGAACUAAUCAAACAAAUUUAUCUGAUGAUUGUAGAUAUGAAGUGCAGAAGUAAAACUUAUCAAUCUAUCGAACAAAAGAUACUUAUGGGAGAAACAACUGUUCGAAAUUCUGAUAUAAUGAAGGCGUGUUUCACUGAAGAACAGUCGGUUUAUACAAAACAUUUAGAUGGACUAAUCGAAAAAUUCAGAACAAACGAGGAACAAUUACAAGAUCUGAAAAAUGAAAUCAAUAUGGAAUUGUCAACAGAAAGUCAAUCAAUUGAUCAAUGUAUGUUGAAACAUGAACUAAUCAAACAAAUUUAUCUGAUGAUUGUAGAUAUGAAGUGCAGAAGUAAACUUUAUCAAUCUAUUGAACGAAAGAUACUUAUGGGAGAGUUAAUCAAUGAAAUGACAAUACAAGAAAACAUACAUGGAACAACUGUUCGAAAUUCUGAUAUAAUGAAGAAGUGUUUCACUGAAGAACAGUCGGUUUAUACAAUUUCACAUGACAUAUUGCAAACUAUUCAUAAACAAAUUGAUAAUCAGUUAAAGUCACGUUAG